CAGAAUCAUUGGGUCAGCGGUAAUCUUCACUUUUCAAAGAUGGCGGCUGUUAACACCAGCAACUUUCCAAUUCACGGGCUUUUACCUAAGCGAGAAACGGGCGCUGAUAGAUUUUUGGCGAAGUAUCCUGAGUAUGAUGGUCGUGGAAUUGUAAUCGCUGUGUUUGAUACUGGAGUUGAUCCAGGAGCUCCCGGUUUACAAGAAACUCCUGAUGGACGACGAAAAAUAAUUGAUUUAAUUGAUGCCAGUGGGAGUGGUGAUGUUGAUACCUCAACAGUCGCUGAGGCUAUUGAUGGCUGUGUGACAGGACUUACAGGAAGGAAACUAAGGAUUCCAGAUGACUGGGAGAAUCCCUCAGGCAAGUUUUUCAUUGGUGUGAGGAGUGCUUACAGUUUGUUUCCAGCAAAGCUGAGAGAGAGACGAGUGAAAGAAAGACGUGAGAAGCUCUGGGACCCACCUCACCAGGUGUGCAUCGCAGAGGCAGCAAGGAGGCUUGAUCAAUGGGAUACAGAACAUCCAAAUCCUUCAGUGCACAAGAAGUUAAUCAGAGAAGACCUUCAAGCUCAAGUAGAGAUCCUUGCCAGUCUUGAAAAGAAUUACUCUGACACUGGUCCUGUUUUUGACUGUAUGGUGUUUCAUGAUGGACACACUUGGAGAGCUUGUGUUGACACAUCUGAGAGUGGAGACUUAGCCAGCUGUACUCUUCUGGCCAAUUACCGAGAAUCUGGACAGUAUGCCACAUUUGGAAAAGAAGAUUUGUUCAACUACAGUAUCACUGUUUACGAAGAAGGCAAAAUACUGUCAAUAGUAGCAAAUGGAGGUACUCAUGGCACCCAUGUGGCUAGCAUAGCAGCAGGGUAUUGUCCAGAUGAUCCAGCACUGACAGGCAUUGCUCCUGGUGCUCAGAUUCUCUCAGUUAAAAUUGGUGAUUCAAGAUUAAAAACCAUGGAAACUGGAGCCUCCAUGAUAAGAGGAUUGAUUGCAGUUCAUCAGUACAAAUGUGAUCUUAUAAAUAUGAGCUACGGAGAAGCAAGUCAUUGGCCAAAUUCAGGACGAAUAAUAGAACUCAUGAAUGAACUUGUGGACAAACACAAAGUGAUAUUUGUGUCCAGCGCUGGUAACAAUGGCCCAGCUCUAUCCACAGUUGGAUGUCCAGGGGGCACUGCAGAGUCUCUUAUAGGUGUUGGAGCUUAUGUAUCACCAGACAUGAUGGCUGCUGAGUAUUCUAUGUUGGAAAAACUUCCCGGAAAUCAAUAUACAUGGUCCUCAAGGGGUCCAACCACAGAUGGCUCAUUAGGUGUGAAUAUCAGCGCACCGGGCGGAGCAAUAGCUGCUGUCCCCAACUGGACGCUGAGAGGAACACAACUGAUGAAUGGAACAUCAAUGUCUUCACCUAAUGCUUGUGGAGGAGUUGCUCUCCUGCUAUCGGGUCUCAAAGCAAAUGAUAUUGCCUAUUCUCCGCACAGCAUUCGUAGAGCAUUGGAAAAUACUGCCCUUCAUGUGGAAGGACUUGAUAGACUCACCUUAGGACAUGGCCUCUUACAGGUCGACAAAGCGUUUGACUUUUGUCGAGAAUUUUCAAGAGUUCCAGAAAGAGAUGUUAGAUUUCAGAUUUCUUGUUCUUCUGGCAAGAGAGGAAUUUAUCUUCGUGAAUCCAGUCAGCUGUGUAAACCCUUCUUUGACCAAGUGUCUGUGUCAACACAUUAUGAUGAAGAUGUUGCUAACGAUGACAGAUUAAACCUCAACCUCCGACUUAGUUUGGUCAGUUCAGUAUCGUGGGUGACUGUACCGGAUCAUUUUGUCCUCAUGAAUACAACGAAUACAGUGCGCAAUUUCUAUGUCAAGGUUGAUCCUCUGGGUUUGCCGCACGGGGCGCAUUAUGCUGAGGUGUCCGCUUACGACAUUAGCUGUCCACAGCGAGGACCGUUGUUCAGAGUUCCAAUAACAGUCAUUAAACCCAACAGUGUUAGCGAUGUGAACCAUUAUGUGUACGAGUUGGAAGACGUGAAGUUUAAACCCGGACAGGUGCAUAGGAGUUUUGUUCAUGUCCCGGAGGGAGCAACGUGGGCGGAAUUUUCAGCCUUGUCACUUGAAGAAGAAGUCUACGGACUCUUUAUUCUCCAUGCCGUUCAGUUGUCGCCUCUUUCGUCUUUUAAGGAACACGAGUUCCUCCAAUAUAUUCCCCUUUCAUCGCUGAGCGAGAAAACCUAUAGUUUCGCAGUAAAGGGAGGUGAGACGUUGGAGUUGUGCACAGCAAAAUGGUGGGCUAGCUUAGGAGAGUGUGCCGUCAAAAGAAGUGUCACGUUUCAUGGAGUUAAUCCCAGUGAAAAGAGCAUAACACUGCAAACGUCAAAGGUCUGCCGAGUGGAUGUUAAAACUGCUCUGAGGGAGGAACAAAUCAACCCAACUGUAUCGCUCAAGACACAUGCACAGCCAGUCAGACCUUCAGAAUACAAGAUCAACGCGCUUGGUUCGAGAGAUGUCUUGCCGAACGGAAGGCAAAUUUUUGCUUUAACUCUCACUUAUAAUUUUCACCAGUCCAAAGCGGGUGAAGUGAGUCCCAAUGCAACAUACCUGUCUGACUUGUUAUACGAAUCUGAAUACGAGUCUCAACUGUGGAUGAUUUUCGACUCUAACAAAAGGAUGCUGGGAAGCGGAGAUGCAUUUCCUGACCGGUACUCAGUCAAGUUAGAAAAGGGAGAUUACGUGCUGAAGCUUCAGGUUCGACAUGACAACAAGGAUCAACUUGAGAAAUUGAAAGACACCGUCAUCUUAAUAGAGCAGAAACUUUCGCCCGCUAUCACUCUAGACACACAUUCCUCACGUCUCGCCGCAAUGAAAUCUACCAAGUUCAAUUCAGGCAAUAAAAGGCCGGGCUCUUGUUGUCCUGUCUACAUAAUGCCUCCAGGAGAUGACAAGAUUCCCAAAGCUGCCAAAUCUGGGCACAUCCUGAAGGGAACAAUUUCUUACGUGAAAAGCGAGACUGUUAAAAAAGCGGUGAGAGGGAUUUAUUUUGAAUUUUCCUCGCAGUGCGCUUACCCAGUUCAGUACGUUGUUCCGGCCGCACCUAUUAAACAGAACAGCAAAGCAGCUACCACCAAACCGGUGGAAAAAGAGAUGAAACAACAGUUUGAGGAGGCAAUGAGAGACCUUAAAAUCUCUUGGAUACCAAAACUUGGUGAUGUAACUCUGUAUGACGAGCUUGCGGAGCAGUAUUCAGAUCAUUUACCGCUACAUGUAGCAAGACUCCAUUUCUUAGACAAUUCUAAAGUAUGACAGAUAUCAGAUGAUUUUAUGUUUUCAUACUCC